AUGAGCGAGAACAGCCACUUUCCAUGGUCUGUUGCAGACCGCCAAGAGCUGCAUUCCUCAGGCUCGAAGCUGGCCACGCUGGCCUGCAGCGAUGGAGACGAGCAGCUCAGCCAGCCUCCGGAGCCUGCCAGCGGGAGAGCCAGCCCCCGGGAUGAUGCUCAACCCUCCCGAGGAGCAGAGGGGCAGCACAGGGGCCAGGGGAACGAACAUCUGCAAGCGGCAGCGGAGCUGGGUGAGAGGCAGGGUGAGCAGGGACCGGGGACAGACUCCACCAGCGAGAGCGGCCGUGAGGACAGGCCGGUGCUGGCGAACAGCAUGGACGCAGAGCUGGCUGUGGGGCAGGAGCAGAUGCCGCUGCAGCAGCAGGACGGCAGCAUGCCCAGCCAAAGCAGCAUGGAUUCAGGGGAGAAGGACUCCCCCGCCCAGGAGAUACCUAGUGAGGCCAUCAGCAAGGAGCGGUGGCACAGUGUCCUGGGCUUUUCAGAAGCUCUAAGCGCCGAAGAGCCGGAGGAGCAGCUCGGGUUUGCUUCUGGAGAUGCCAAGCUGAGCUGCAGUGAGGAUGACAAGGAUCAUUUUCAAUUCAAAGACAUCAGGGAUGGGUUCAGCUCGACCUUUGAGAAGAUCGUUGAGUCUGACCUUAUGAAGGGUACAUACUACAGCAGCUUGGACUCUUUGGACGUCCUCUCUCUCACAGAUGAGACAGACAGCUGUGUCAGUUUUGAGGCCCCACUCACCCCAUUGAUCCAGCAAAGGGUCAAAGAAAGCCCAGAGCUCUUGGAGCAGAAACUGGCAGCCCAGCAGAGAGAAGCCCUUCACCACACGGCUGCUGAUAAGGAAGAGCAGGCAGCAGCAAAGCCAGCGGAGGGCGAUUUUGGGAGCCCUCUCAGGCACUCAAUUACCAGCAGCAGGUCGGAGAACGUGCUGAGCCGGUUGUCCCUGAAGAGUAUCCCCAAUGGGUUCCAUGUGGAAGGGUCAGAGGAAGAUGCCACCAAGAUCAUUAACUCCAUCAGUGAUGCCAGCUUGAAAGACGCGCUGUCAGACUCUGAUUCCGACAUGGGCAGCACGGAGCAGCUUGACCAGGGCAGCACGGACACCUUGGUGAAUGGCUGCAGGGCAGAUAGCGAGGCUGCGAAGAGGCUGGCCAAGCGCCUCUACAACCUUGAAGGUUUCAAGCGCUGUGAUGUGGCACGCCAGCUUGGGAAAAAUAACGAAUUUAGCAAGUUGGUAGCAGAGGAGUAUCUCAGCUUCUUUGACUUCACUGGCCUGACCCUUGACAAAGCACUCAGGACGUUCUUGAAAGCGUUCCCGUUGAUGGGAGAGACACAGGAGCGGGAGCGGGUGCUGAUUCAUUUCUCCCGGCGAUACUGCCAGUGCAACCCAGAGGAGAGCACGUCUGAAGAUGGGAUUCACACGCUCACCUGUGCCCUGAUGCUGCUAAACACAGACCUUCACGGCCAUAAUAUUGGCAAAAAGAUGUCGUGUCAACAGUUCAUAGCAAACCUGGAUGGGCUGAAUGAUGGGAAGGACUUUGCAAAGGAUUUGCUAAAGACACUAUAUAACUCAAUCAAGAAUGAGAAGCUGGAGUGGGCCAUCGAUGAGGACGAGUUGAGGAAAUCACUCUCGGAGCUGGUAGAUGACAAAUUUGGAGCCAGUGCGAAGAAAGUGACAAGGAUUGUUGACAGCAGCAACCCCUUCCUGGACAUCCCCCAAGCGCUGAACGCAAUCACCUACAAGCACGGUGUCCUCACGCGUAAAACCCAUGCAGACAUGGAUGGGAAGAGAACUCCCAGAGGAAGAAGAGGUUGGAAGAAAUUUUAUGCUGUGCUUAAAGGGACCGUCCUUUAUUUACAAAAGGAUGAAUAUAAACCUGACAAAGACCUCUCUGAAGUGGAUCUGAAAAAUGCCAUCCGUGUGCACCACGCCUUAGCCACGAAAGCCUCUGACUACAGCAAGAAGUCCAACGUGCUCAAGCUGAAGACAGCUGACUGGAGAGUCUUCCUUUUCCAGGCCCCAAGUAAGGAAGAAAUGCUAUCCUGGAUCCUGCGAAUCAACCUUGUUGCUGCCAUUUUCUCCGCCCCCGCCUUCCCAGCUGCAAUCUGCUCCAUGAAGAAGUUCUGCCGCCCGCUCCUGCCUUCAUCCAUGACCAAGCUGUGCCAGGAAGAACAGCUGAGGUCUCAUGAAAAUAAAAUGAAGCAGAUUGCAGACGAAUUAGCAGAGCAUAAAUUACAUCCUGUAGAGAAGAGCCUCAAGUCAAAAGAGGCUGAGGAAUACAGACUCAAAGAACAUUACCUAAUAUUUGAGAAGAGCCGCUAUGAGACGUACAUCAACCUGCUGUGCAUGAAGAUAAAAGUCGGGACAGAUGACCUGGAGAGAAUUGAAACCAGUUUCUUCAAGGUGGAAGCUGAUGACAUUGCUUUGCGGAAGACACAUUCAAGCCCUUCCUUGAGCCAAGGGCACAUGGCUGUCAGCUGUAAGGCGGAAAAGGACAUUUUAGAGCAGAACACUUAA